CGUAUUUUUUAGGGUUUUCUCUAGAAACCCUCCUCUUUCUCUAUGUAUAAUAUGUAUAGAUAUGUAGAUUUCAAGUCUUUCAAGUGUUCAGAUGCAUUUUGGACAUAGCUGUAAUUUAAAACAACAAAAAUUGAAAAAUGAAGCCAGAUCAUAUCUCACUUGCACCAAAACCGCACUGCGGACACAUCACUUCAGCUAAGAUGCUUUCUUUUUCGCUUUCGGUAGAAGGGUGCUCAUACAGUGCAUAUCCAGCUGCACCCAAUUCGCUCCCAGUGCAGUGAUGGUGGUCUAACUCAAGUAUAGGUGCUUCAUAGGCCACAACUUGCUGGUUUGCACCCUGUGGAGAUGUGGCGGUACAAUUCAAGUAUAGGUGCUUCAUAGGCCAUAACUUACCAGUAACCUCUAUACUGAAAUUUCCUCCAAAAAGGGGUCAUAUGUAACUAGGGUAGUACUCCCUUACCAAAUAGUUUUACUUGCUACAUCCGAAUAUAUUAUUUGGUGCCGGCCUUUUGCAUCAACUUUUAACCAUGUUUCUACCAUAUCGCAAUUGCUUUUGUCUUGUAGAUAAUUCAUUUCAUUCUGGCAGGUACUGCUCUGACUGUAAAGCUAAUGUUCAUUUCCCCAAUAUACGUCUUUCGUAUGUUAGGAGAGCACAAGUGAGGAUAAGCCCGAAGAAUGUGGUGUUUCAGUGGAAAAUAGUGUUGGAGAAAUGCGAUCCUCCUCUAUUAAAAUGUUGAAACAAUGUGGUGAUGGCACUGGUGAUGAUGGCCAAAAAUACUUUCUUCCAUCUGAUAACGAUGAUGCAUCUACGUCUCAAAUGAAACAAGAAGAAAGUUUGCCUCCUAAAGGAGAAAUGCAAACCAUGUCACCAUCAAUUUCAACUUUCAAUGGAACUUCUGAAUCUGCUCAUGGAACCAAAGUUAUCAAAUAUAAAGAAAGUACGGGGGUUAAAGAUGCAUAUGGAUCACUUGUCCAAACAGACUUAACUAUUGGCUUGGCUUCUUCACGAAACCCAGUUUUUCUUCCCAGUAUGGCUGUUGAAGAAAGGGAAUUGAACAAAUCAUAUUCUUCUUUUCAGCACGGGCCUUGGUCUCGCCAUGUUUUGCCCAAAGUGCCCAAAUCCAUCCUUGCCCAAGGAUAUGAUGGAAAUGCUAGUAUGAAUUCACAGAUACGUGUUGCUCGGCCACCUGUUGAGGGGCGGAUAAAAAAUCAGCUGCUUCCUCGUUAUUGGCCCAGGAUUACAGAACAAGAGUUGCAGCAGAUAUCUGGAGAUUCAAAUGCCACCGUUGUUCCACUGUUUGAGAAGGUUCUGAGUGCCAGUGAUGCUGGUCGAAUUGGUCGUUUGGUUCUCCCGAAAGCAUGUGCUGAAGCAUAUUUUCCACCUAUAUCUCAACCUGAAGGGCUUCCACUCAGAAUUCAAGAUGUGAAAGGAAAAGAGUGGCUGUUUCAGUUCAGGUUUUGGCCUAAUAACAACAGCCGGAUGUAUGUUCUAGAGGGUGUUACUCCAUGCAUACAGUCAAUGCAGUUGAAGGCCGGGGAUACUGUGACAUUCAGCCGUAUGGAACCGGAAGGAAAGCUUCUUAUGGGCUUCCGGAAAGCCCCAAUCAGUGCUUCUAUGCAGGAUUCUCGUAUAGCUGCAAUACAUAGUGGUGUCUUUCCAAGUGAACCCUCCUUAUCUGGUGUUAACACUAUUGGGAAUCUUUCUCAUAUGAGUGAUUACUCUGGCCUUCUCCAGUCUCUGAAGAGAAACACAGAUUCCCAUCUAAAUGCAUUGUCAACUAAUACGAACUCGCCUAUUGGAGAUGCCAGCAGGCAUGCAAACGAAAAGCUUGGAAGCAAAUCAAGUGUUGAUUCAUUUCAACCAGACAAAAAGAGAAGUCGAAAUAUUAAUUCGAAAAGUAAAAGGUUGCUUAUUGAAAGUCAAGAUGCUCUAGAGCUGAAAUACACAUGGGAAGAAUUGCAGGAUAUGCUGAGCCCACCCACUGCUCUGAAGCCAAGUACCAUCACCAUUGAGGACCAUGAAUUUGAAGAAUACGAAGAACCUCCUGUUUUUGGCAAGGUUAGCAUAUUCACUGCUCGCUUAUCUGGGGAGCAAGAACAGUGGGCUCAAUGCAAUAACUGUUCAAAAUGGCGAAGGUUACCUGUUAAUUUUCUUCUCCCUGCUAAAUGGACAUGUCAAGAAAAUGUCUGGGAUCAGAGCAGGUCGGUCUGUCUUGCACCAGAUGAAUUAAGCCCUAGAGAGCUUGAGUACCUUCUUGGGCUGGCUAAAGAAUUUCAGAGGUUGCGGAGGCCAGACCAAGCGCAGGGAGUAACCGGACACAAUCUAACCGAGCCAUCCAUUGCCGCCACCACCAAACACCCAAGGCACCGCCCUGGUUGCUCCUGCAUAGUCUGCAGUCAACCUCCUAGCGGCAAAGGCAAACACAAGCCCAAUUGCACCUGCAAUGUCUGCAUGACAGUCAAACGCCGCUUCAAAACCUUAAUGUUGCGCAAACAACAACGCCAAUCAGAACGUGAAGCGGAAAUUGCGGAGAAAAACCAGCUUAAAUUGGAGACAGAAAUGGAAACCGGUUUUGCAGAGUUGAGAUCAUCGGGCAAGGGACAAUUAGACCUAAACAUCCAUCCUCGCCGUUUACAAGAUAAUCACGCAAAAAACCAUGUAAGCAUGAUGAGUCUUCUUCAAGCAGCAAAUCAGCCAUUGGAGACAUAUAUGAAGCAGAAAGGUCUUACAAGCUUAAUCUCCGAGCCACAAGCGAGCUCGGUUACACAACCAUUGCCACAAGAUACGCCCACAGUUCAAGCCGAUGCACAGUGUAACGAGGAGGAGCGGCAAGGAUUGGACGAAAACCAAAACAGUUCGUGAAUUACUUCACUUUGGUUUCGAGGUUGGGAACUGAAUACAUAUUGAAUGGACAUUUGUCGUAAUCGGAAUUCUGGUUGAAAACUUUUGGAUGAAAAAUUGUACCCUUUUUAUGGUACAAUUUGGGUAAGUUGAUAUAGGAUUUGAUUUGAAUACAUUACAUUUAUGUUAUAUAACACAUGGAAUCGAGUCUUUGUUUUGUAUAAAAGAAUGUGGGUACCUUCUUUUAGGACGUGUAGUCGUACAUUCUAAAUGGUGUUAACAUACCUUUUAUGUUGA